UGAUCACAUUCGAGACCGAAGACCUGAACAUCAACAUGGUGUGGGAGGUGAUCGACUGGUACCGACAACGCCGCUCUGCUGAUACGUGAGCGGGACCUUGAACUGGAGGCCAUGGCCCUGAGCAGCCUGGGUCUCGUAUACGCCAAGGUACUGAAACUCAAGUAUUACGCCAAACUCUAUCUUAUGAAAGCCAUUGAAUUAGUCAGUAUCAUGGUACCACGAAACUGUCUUAACGAGGAAUGGUAUCUCUCUGCGCAAAGUAUACUGCAACAAUACCAGCAGGAACAAGUCUUGGCAGACGACCUGGAGAAGCAGAAACAGCGAGAGUCAAUCGUGAAGGAAAUCAAAGACGACCUUGACAAACUGAACGAAAAAUUCACAAAGUCCUCAAAAGAAGAUUUCUUGAAAUACGUCUAUGCGACUCAUCCCCUUAAAAACCCCAAACACAAGUUGGAUGAAAACGCCGCUUUUGAGGAUCAAGUGGCGUUGAAGAAGCUGUACCUGAAGGCCGUUACCCACUAUCACCCUGACAAAGUGGACGAAGAAAGAGAUGGAGCAAAGUGGAAGGUUAUGUGUGAAGAGAUCACAAAACUGUUAAAUAAGUAUUACCAGUUCUUUAAAACUGCAGGUUAAGGUUUCAGCUCAGGAAAAAGUAGAUUAGAUGCCUCUGUUUUUAAAAUGUGAGAUGUUUCGAAACGUGUGUUUUUUAGAAAAAAUGUUCAAUUAUCAAUAUUCUUCUAUGACUGUAAAGUAAUAGUGUGAAUAGAAUAUAAUCAAGUACAUCCGGUGGAAAUCUUUAAAAUGAUUAACUAGUCAAUAAGUAAUUUUUCUAUUGUUUUUCUAUUGUUUUUCUAUUCUCUAUAGUGUAAUGGUUAAUAACAAUAAAUGUAAAAUUUGUAAAGCGCAUACUCUUAGCGCUUAAGAACAAGAACGAGACAUGGGCAACAUACGAGGGACAGAAGAAAAAGCAAAAACACAUAAACGACCAAAGGAUAAAUAAACAACAGCACUGAUGAUGAACAAAAGACAAAGAUAAAUAAACAUAAAGAGGAUUCAAGUAACAAGGACUGAGAGUAUCUAAUUUUACAAAAGAUUACAGCACCAUUUCUAUGAGACGUAAUGCGUUUGAGCUUGGGUUUUUUCCUCCAAUAUCAUCAAGAUAGAAACAGAGAGUUCUGUCCCUUCGCCCAACAC